UCACGAUCCGAUGAAACAAAAAAUGUUAAAUUGCGAAAUUUGUGUUUUUUUUUUUACAUCGUGAACACACCUUUUCUAAACAUAGCAAUACCAUAGUAAAAACGUCAAAUCAUGACGUUUCUCAUGACACAAAAAAAAUUGAAACAUUUGUGUUCAAUAAAUUUGUUCUGUUCAUAAAAGAUGCCAAAAAAAAGUGAAAAAGAAAAUAUAAUUGAAUAUUUAUUGGAAAAUGCUUCUGAUAAAAUUAUGUUGAUUGAAAGUGAUGCAGAAAGUGAAAACGAAGAUGGUGUCGAUGAAAUCCUUGUUGAACUUUAUGAAGAAUUGUUGUUCGUCCUGGCUGUUCGUCGUGGAUUAACUAUCACUGUGCCUAAAUCAAUUGACUGGCGUGAGAACAUUUUAUCAACAUUGGACAGCGAUCGUUUCCGCCAAAUGUUGAGAAUGGAAAGACAUCAAUUCGAUCUUUUGCUUUCUUUAAUUAGUGAUGAUGAAGAGUUUCAAAAACCACAUGCGUGCAAACAAUUCUCAAUUGGACUACAACUGGCCAUUGUUCUCUACCGUUUAGGUUCAUCAGGUGAAAACGCAUCUGUUAGGAAAAUUGCAACAACUUUUGGAGUUGGAGAUGGAGGUACAUUGAGAAAAAUUACUAAUAGAGUUUUUCGAGCUCUAAUAAAACAGCUACCCAAGUAUAUAUUUUGGCCAAACAAUGAAGAGAGAAAAAAAAUCGUUGCCGAAACUUAUCAUGAGCUACCAUUAUGCAUAGUCUAUAUUGAUGGUACGGAAAUAAAGUUGGCAGAGGCACCACACAAUUGUUAG